UCCUUCCAUGCCCGUAGUUCAAUCGUGCUUCAGUUUGGUUUCUCAGGGUAGUCGGCCUUUGAUCUCAGAAACAGGGUUGUGCUGGCCGCUGAGAGCCAGGGCUGGCCAUCCUAAAGUAAUCGGAGCCAGGGCAGUGAGGAACUGCUCCGGGUCAGAGGGGCCACAGUCUCCCAGGGAUGCCAGCUUGCCCUUGGGAAUAAACCCCAUUUUAACUUCAGAGCCAAGGAAACAUGCAGAGGGGAGGGAAACUGAUCAGGUGGGGCAGGCUGUCAACUGGGUGAAAUGUACCAGCGUGGGGUGGUGAGGCCAUCACCAGGCCAGGGAGAUUCAUUCAAGGGGUGAAGUGCUAGGGCAGACGCUGACCGCUCCCUGUUGCCAGCCAGAUCUCUUCUGACGGAGGGGCAUCAUGACUUCUUGGCGAUUCUCUAUCAAGACUUACCUGUCCCACCUAAGGUGCUUUGAGGUCAGGCAGAAAUCUUGUUUGCUUAGAUGGAGAUGCAGACAGAUUGUAUGCCCACCCAAUUCCAGGAUUUGCUGGCUUCUUUUGGGCUCAUUACCCAAACUCAUUUUGACUUCAGGAGGGAUCGUGAUGGUGUCCCCUGGAAACUGGGGUCAGACAGGUACUUGUAAGAGCACCCCUAAGGAAGUCAGGUUGGCAGGCAACCUUUCCAAAACUGGGUACGUAAACUGUCUUUUCUUGAAUUUUGCCUUUGGCCUCCGAAUAUGGCUCCGGGCCUGUGUUCUGCUGGUGAAAUUCACCCCUCUUCUUCUGCUCUACCCUUUCACCUGCCUGGUUCCCAGCUUCUAUACCCUCUGGCUGAACUGGCUUUUGAUGGCUACGGAGUCCUCAGGCCCCACAUACAUCAAACUGGGCCAGUGGGCAAGCACCAGGCGGGAUCUUUUCUCCGAGGAGUUCUGUACCAAGUUCUCCCGGCUGCAUGUUCAAGUGGCCCCCCACACAUGGGCUCACACCCAGAGCUUGCUCCAGAAGGUGUUUGGGAGUGAGUGGGGGCGAGCCCUUCACUUUGAGAGUCAGCAGCCGGUAGGCUCAGGCUGUGUGGCCCAGGUGUACAAAGCUUAUGUGGAUACUGCCUUCCUCGACCAUGCCUGCUUCCAGAAACUUGUGGAGGCCUCUAAGGGGACCUCCUCUUUCGAAGCCUGGGAGGUGGCAGGCCUGGGGAGGCUCUUAGGAUAUUUUUGGAAGGGGCAGAAGCCUAAAGGGACAUUGACAGAUCAAGCUUUUCCAGAAGAUCUACUUCUCCCCAUGUCCUACCUGACUGCAUCAAAACGAGACACAUCUCUUACCCCACCUGCUGACUGUCUACGUGGGCCAAAACACCUCAUCCCAGCAGCUAUUAAAGUGCUACAUCCUGGGCUCCUUGCUCAAGUACAGGUGGAUUUGGUACUGAUGAAGACAGGCAGUCAAAUCCUCGGACUCAUUCCUGGAAUCAAGUGGCUCAGCUUGACUGAGAUAGUACAAGAGUUUGAGAAGCUCAUGGUCCAACAGACUGACUUGCGUUACGAAGCCCAGAAUCUAGAGUGCUUCCAAAACAAUUUCCUGGAUGUGAAUUUUGUCAGGUUCCCUACUCCUCUGCAACCCUUUGUCACCAGAGAUGUUCUAGUGGAAACAUUUGAAGAGAGUGUGCCUGUGUCCUGUUAUCAGAAGUCCGAGAUUCCCACGAAGCUGAAGGGGAAAAUAGCAAAGCUGGGGAUAGACAUGCUUCUGAAGAUGAUAUUUGUUGACAAUUUUGUCCACGCCGACCUACACCCUGGGAACAUCUUGGUCCAGGGAGCAGACUUUCCUAAGGACAGCCAAGACCAGAGGAGCCUGGGGGACAUGUGUGACACCCUGAUGUCUGAAGUAAGACCCACUUCUUCCCCACUGACGCUGGUCCUGCUGGAUGCAGGCAUUGUGGCGGGGCUGCAGGCAGCCGACCUGAAGAAUUUCCGGGCAGUCUUCACUGCAGUGGCCAUGGGGCAGGGUGAAAGAGUGGCUGAGCUCAUCUUGCAUCAUGCCCGGGCCAAUGAGUGCCAGGAUGUGGAGAAAUUCAAAACCGAGAUGGCGGUGCUAGUGACCCAGGCCAGGAAGAACACCAUUACCCUGGAGAAGCUUCAAGUAUCAAACCUUCUCUCCAGCGUCUUUAAGUUGCUGAUGACCCAUAAGGUCAAGCUCGAGAGUAACUUUGCCUCCAUUGUCUUUGCGAUCAUGGUGUUAGAAGGGCUCGGCCGCUCCCUGGAUCCCAAACUGGAUAUCUUGGAGGCAGCCAAACCCUUUCUUCUAAAAAACUCGGCAUUUCCCCCCUGGCUGCAAUGGUGAAGGCAUGGGGUUUCACCAGGUAAAUGCCAGCAUCGCUCAUGAAGCUAUCCUGGGACAGCCAGGGCACCAUCUUCCUUUCAUUCUGGGUUGGUUCCAAGAAGGCUGACUGCUAGACUCUGAGACAACUUGAUUGGCUGAAGUACAUGGGGAAAGGAACUUGUCAAUACCCUAAGUACUAGUACUUUAUUAGGCCAGGGCACCCUGGCUGAUGUGAAUGAGCUGACUGUAAAAGAGAAUGAAUACUUUCCUUUACCAUCCCCACCCCAACAUACACAGACACAUUCACUCUCUGUCUCUCUUUUGGGCUUAAGGUCCAUGGCAGCUAGAUGGAGAAGUGAAUAGAGUCCCAGACUUGGUCUCAGGAGGGGUGAGUUUGAAUCCUGCCCCUGUAUAAUUUACUUAUCCUUCCUUAGUCUCAUCUGUAAAAUGGGGAUAACUGUACCUACCUCACAGGGGUGUUGUGAGGCUCAAAUGAGUUAAUAUGUCUAAGGAGCUUUUCAAAUCUUGAAGUGCUAAAUAUAUAUAUAUAAUCAGCUAUAAUUAUUAUUAUGAUAUUAAUAAAUAAGGGUAACAUUGUCAGUGGGGAUUACAACAUUGUUUAGCAUUUGUUAAGGAGCAUGCUAUUACUGAACACAACAUAAGUCUGGGGGUACUACAGACAAGGAGCAGGGAAGUGGUGGCCCCUUUCCUCUGAAUAACAUACGGCAUGUAUGCCAUAUGAAAAAAGAGAAUUCUAGGCUAUCACCUUUCUCCUUUUCCCCAGUUACAGAGUAAUCUCCAUUUCUUUCCUUGUAAGCACAAAAUAGGAUUUUGGUUAGUGUAUACAUUACUGUGAGAAGCAGCAUGGCUUAGUGGUUAGAGACCUGGAUUCAAGUGUCGCCUCUAACACAUACUAGCCAUUUAACUGGACAAAUUAUUUAACCUCUCAGUGCUCUGGGGGUGCCAGGGGGCGCCACAGUGCAAAGUGCUGGGCCAGGAGUCAGUAAGCAGAGUUCAAAUGUGACCGCAGACAUUUCUUAGCUGUGUGACCUUGGGCAAGU